AUGUAUAGUAGAAAAAUAUGUAUAUCGUGCCAAUUUAAUUUCUGCUUCACAUAACAUUUGUCAGUGCACAGCCGUCCGUGUUGUAGAAUAGAUGCUCCGGGUCCUAGCAUUAUAUUUCAGAACCGCGCGCGUGCUUUGCUCUCCUCAUUACUGGUGACUGUGACAGGACAGAAUUCGGAUACGGUGCGUCACGAUCGAUUGGUAGUGUUAUAACCAUCAAGGACCACCGCACCAGUAUUCCCAGGAACUGGAUUGAGAAUAGAAGGGAGGUGCUGUUUUUUUUAGCCACAGUUCCAAGCGGAGGUGGUUGAGUGACUUUGUGUAUCUAAAAGAGGGUGGUAAGAGUGUGGACUGUGAAGAUCUUGAACUAGUUACUGCCUCGAAGUAGGACUUAGUCAACCGGAAAAUAUUUGCUCAAACAGAAAUUUAUAAGACUUGUGCGGCUUUGUUGGUGGUUCUGUGGAGAAGAAAGCGUUUUUCAAGGUCAUGCAAAUUUGCCAAUUUGAUUUUGCAAUCGGAAUCGCGGAACGCAAGUGGCUAAAGCAAAUUUAGCGAAAUAAAGACAGUGAGCUGCUACCUGUCCACAAUGGACCAAUUUUUGCAAUUCACCGCUGACCAAGAGACCGACGUCAGCGCACAGCGUGGCUUGCGGUUUACCCGCUCUGGAAUGUUGAUUUAAGUGAAAGCACACAGCAAAGCAAAGGACGUUGAUUGUGCACUUGGACCUAAGCUCGAAACGAAUUCAACCCCCGGCAGGAUAGUUUGUAAUGUUUGCUAGCUUAAUGAUUCUUUUCGAUACUUCGUGAUAGGAAGAAGUAUAAGAAGAAGAAGAAGACAGAAAGGCAAAACAGAACUGAAGAUAACAAAGAGUCAGCGGAAGGAAACAUGCACCGAUGCGAAUGCAAGAGGCAAUAUAGCUUGUGCUGACGGUCACCGAAAGCGAAGGCGUGCUGUGCAGAACGAACAGGAGUGGAGAAACAGGGAAAUUGAAGGCGAAAAUUGUUUUUUUUUUGUAGCUGACAUAUACAAAAUCAUUGCAUAUUUCAGUAGGAUGGAACAAAUUGUUAAUUUGUUUGUUUGCUUUCUAAUGAUUUCAAACAUAUACCGAGCGUACAGCUAUCCAACACCAAGUGAUAUCCUGUCAGGGAAAGAGUUCCUAGCGAUUCUCAUGGAUUCAGAUUCUCGUAGCGGUAGAAGCAAUAACUACGCUAGCCGAAGUACAACCAUCCAGCAAUCAACAGUGACAGCUCAUCCAUACAGAGGGUCACGCAAGUUCAGUCAAUUUUACUAUGGACGCGCAGAAGAUGAGGAGAGCAUACUACCAAUCGAGGCGUUAUUCAGCUCGCAUGAAGAUACAAGCCGAUCCGGCUCUCGAUCAUAUGACCACAGGACUAGGUCACGAUCGAGGAACGGCAAACUGCUAUCAAGUACUACAAGUACCACUGAAACGAUUGUAACUUUCGAAGAUCUGGAAGUAGCUGCUAGUGAGAUCAGCGUAAGUUCCAGUGGGACUACUGAGGGCGAAGUGGUUGAUAGUACGAUGUCAACAUCGGAAUACUCAAUCGAUACUGAUUCAACAAGCGGAACCAUGAUGACAAGUACCAUCCCGACGACUGUAUCUGCUAGUCAACAAACCGAGACAUCUUCGAAAGACAUUGAUUCAGUUCAUCUAAAUGAAGGAGAUCGUUCUCUAAAUUCGAAUUCCUAUCGAAGUGAGUUUACGAUUGAGGAAAGUGACCCCUCUGUUGGUCAUCAACGAAAAGACGCAGAACGAGGGGAAUCGACAAACGUUCAUCAUGUUAUGGUGGCCCUUGAAUCUGACCAGCCCCAUAUGCAGCCAACCCGUGGACGAAUGCAGCGAAAACAGGACCUAGUUGCUCCUCGUCAGACGGUUAUCUAUCAUGAUAAGAAAAGUGAAAAUGAUCAACCUCGUUCCGUUUCUUACAGUUUUAUUGGUGAAACGGCACCAACUCUCAAGACUUGGAAAGAUAUAGACGAAGAAUAUCUCCCAAAAUUAAAUGGUUCGCAAAUUAUGACGGCCGAAUCGUCAAUGAGUGCAGUCAGCGAACCGUCUCUGUCAGGAUCAGCCAUGGUUUGGUCUGAACCGGAGAAAAAUUACAGCGAACCGGCAAAAAUAUGGUCAGAACCAGCAAAAGUUUAUUCCGAACCAGCCAAAUUCUACUCAGAACCAUCCCGGAUCUAUUCUGAACCUGCAAAAAUAUAUUCCGAACCAGCUAAGAUCUAUUCUAAACCUUCUAGCUUUUGGCAAACGGCUUAUGAUAAUGCUCCUUCUAGAGCUUCUCCGUCCCAAGCAGCGGCGACUACCGAUUCAUCUACCAGCCCGAAGCGUAUCGUAUACAACGACUUGGAUAAAAUUCCAUAUGAUGAACUUAACGCACCAGCAGAUGCGGAGGAUCGUAGUUCGAUUCAUAACGCGAUUGGCAAGUUCACUCCAAAACAGGUGCAUGAUCCAGUGAGGAAAAACUUCAACAAACCAACUCCCGAUCCAACGGAAGUCAUAGAUCCAUACGUGGAAAAGCAGGGGGUUGGUAAUGGAAGCACUCCAAAUGUGGUGCAAACGCUAGCCCCUGUAGCCGGUUCAACCGACGAUUCAAAAGUUGGCUACGUGGUGGAAGGGCGGAACUAUCGUAAAUAUCGGGUAGAAGAGAAAACAUCCGACGGAUUUAUCGUUGGAGAGUACGGAGUGUUGAGCCAUAACGACGGGAACCUUCGCGGAGUUCGCUAUACAGCAGAUUCCGACAUUAACCCGCGGUUGAUAUAUGAUGCGUUGAUCAAGUUUCUCUCGCUCUAAUGGGUAGUGGGCGUGGUAUGAAGGUAACUGUUGCCAAAUAAAGUCAGCUCUCUUCCCUAUGAAGAAUACUAAGUGCAUACUAUGAAUGGAGACCCGAUGGGGGAGAGUAACAGAAAAAUCUAAGUCGAUGCCAUACAAACACAUUUUUCCAGCACCUAUGUAAGAUGUAAGAUCAUAUUUAUAGCAAUACAACGUAACUUUCGUUGCAUUACGGUAGAAUUAAAAACAUAACAAUUGGAUCGCGUCAAACGAAAAAUGUAAUUGAAUGUGAUAGUAGACUAUUAAUUUAUUAGAUAGAAAUCGUAAAUUUAAAGACAAUCCAUGAGAACAGCAAAACAACUGCUCAAAUAAUUAUGAAUGUUUGGAAGUCCAUGGUUUCACUCUCUCGGAACAUAUUCUUGCCAUAUUGUGAGUCGCACUGAAUUAUAGUUAGGAGUAAGGCAUUAGGUAGGAUCAUAUUAGUUGUACAUUUUCAUAACGAUGAUUAGUAAGAUAAAUAAAGGUAUUCACAUAACAGCAGAUACAC